AUGCCGCCCGGUAAGGUGCUGCAGCCGGUGCUGAAGAUGAAGGUGGACGAGCUGUUCCUCUGCUGGCUGAGCGAAUGCUCCACGCAAGCCAUGCUUCGGGACUGCCUGCGGCGUAUCCAGGCCCCCAGCCCGGCUUCCGCGCUGCCCCUGGGAGCCGCCUGCAGUCCCCGGGCCGGGCCGCACGCCCGGGGGACCCGGAGGUCGGCGGGGGCGAGAGUAGUCCAGACAAAGAAGGAUGAGUCGCUGCCCCCUGCGUCCAGCCAAAGCAUUCCAGCGUUUUACUUCCCGAGAGGGCGUCCUCAGGGGGCUGUGCAUGUGGACACCAUGAUCGCCCAGAUCGAAGCCACCUUCGCCCAGUUCCCACAUGAGCGGGCCACGCUGGACGACAUGGGCCGUGUAGCCAAGGCCUGUGGCUGCCCGCUGUACUGGAAGGGACCGCUGUUCUACGGUGCAGGGGGAGAACGCACGGGCUCCGUCUCCGUUCACAAGUUCAUCGCCAUGUGGAGGAAGAUCCUGCAGAACUGCCAUGAUGAUGCCACCAAGUUUGUGCACCUGCUCAUGAGCCCCGGAAGCGGCUUCCUGGUGCAGGAGGACUUCAUUCCCUUCCUCCAGGAUGUGGUGAACACACACCCGGGUCUGUCCUUCCUGAAGGAGGCGUCCGAGUUCCAUUCCCGCUACAUCACCACCGUCAUUCAGCGGAUUUUCUACACUGUGAACCGGUCCUGGUCAGGGCGCAUCACGUGCACAGAGCUCAGGAAAAGCUCCUUCCUGCAGAAUGUAGCUCUGCUGGAGGAAGAGGCAGACAUCAACCAGCUGACGGAGUUCUUCUCCUACGAGCACUUCUACGUCAUCUACUGCAAGUUCUGGGAGAUCGAUACAGACCACGACCUGCUCAUUGACCCCGACGACCUGGCCCGGCACAAUGACCACGCCAUAUCCACGAGGAUGGUAGAGCGGAUCUUCUCAGGGGCGGUGACCAGAGGCAGGAAGGUGCAGAAGGAAGGCAAGAUAAGCUACGCCGACUUCGUCUGGUUCCUCAUCUCGGAGGAGGACAAGAAGACCCCCACCAGCAUCGAGUACUGGUUUCGCUGCAUGGACCUGGACGGGGACGGGGCCCUGUCCAUGUAUGAGCUCGAGUACUUCUAUGAGGAGCAAUGCCGCCGCCUGGACAACAUGGCCAUCGAGGCCCUGCCCUUCCAGGAUUGCCUCUGCCAGAUGCUGGACCUGGUCCAGCCCCAGAGCCCAGGAAAGAUUACCCUCCAUGACCUGAAGAGGUGCAAAAUGGCAGGUGUUUUCUUCGACACCUUCUUCAACAUUGAGAAGUACCUGGACCGGGAGCAGAAGGAGCAGGUAUCCCUGCUCAAGGACAGUGAUGGUGACAGCCCGGAGCUCUCGGACUGGGAGAGGUACGCAGCCGAGGAGUACGACAUCCUCGUGGCGGAAGAGGCUGUCGGGGAGCCAUGGAACGAGGGCUUUGAGCCCGAGCUCAGCCCCGUGGACCCCAAGCUGCACCCACAGUUGGACGUGCGGCCCUUCCUGGAAGCGCCCUCUGCACUGGGCGCCGUGGACCUAUACGACUUUGAGGAUGAGGACAGUUCGCAGCUGCUGUGA